GACACAAAAAUUGUGUCCCUAGAUUUUCUCAAAUCAUUCUGAGUGACUGAAGUCUGAAACCUUAAAAUUAAACGUACAUAGGAUUCUGAUUAUUUGUGCAGGUUCCCAUUUAUUCAUUAUUAACUGUACUUAAGUUGUUUUUUGAGGUUGUGCAAGUACUUAACCGACCCUACAAAUAGUCAUCGCAGAAGGACCAAAAUAUGUCAACCCCUUUUCUGUGAUGCUUCCACUUCCACUCUGCUUCAACUUGGAGCUCAACACUGAAAAGUACCUUGCCAAAUUCAAACCCCCACUGAGCUAGCGCACCAAAUCUAUCUACUCCUGUGGUUUCCAAUAUUUUCAUUCUCAUUUUCUACUUCUUACUGUUACUGAAAGUGUUUGCUACACUUGGAAGAUGGAUUUAGAAGUUGGAACCUCACAUUCUUGAUCUUUUACAUCGAAAUGUGGCGCCUUUUGCCUUGAAGAAAUCAAACUCAGUGGUUGAUAAUGGCAAGCCCCUCUGGUCAUGGAUAUAAAUCAAACAGAAAUUACAGGCAGUGGCUAACUGAAACUUUUGAUGGUCAUGAAACAGCAGAUGAUGAGUUAUCAGAUAAUCUGGAUGGAAAUGAUAACAUAAUUCAACCAUCUCUUCAGGCUUUUUCUUUAACUUCAGAACCUUUAGAACCAUUUAUUGGCAUGGAGUUUGAAUCAGCCGAGGAUGCUAGAGAAUUUUAUGAGAUGUAUGGUAGGCGUAUGGGAUUUACCAUACGAAAUAAUCGUACACGCCGUUCACUUAAAGAUAAUUCAAUAAUUGGUCGGGAAUUUGUUUGCUCAAAAGAAGGUUUUCGUUUAAAAAAGUAUGAAAAUAGAGAAAAAAGAGCUCUUCCAUCACGUCCAGCCACUAGAGAGGGAUGCAAUGCAAUGAUGAGGAUAGCUGCAAAGGAUGGGGGAAAGUGGGCUGUAUAUGGUUUUGUGCAAGAACAUAAUCAUGAGCUGAAUCCUAGCAAAAUUCCACCUCGAAGAUCACAUAGAUUAGCAUUCAGUGAGGAUGAGAAAGAUUUAAAAAUCCGGGAACUAACCACAGAGCUUCAUCGUGAGAAAAAGAAAUCUGCAGCUUAUCAGCAGCAACUACAGUUGGUUUUGAAAUAUGUUGAGGAGUAUACUCAGAGGCUGUCAUUAAAAAUUGAAGUGGUUGAAAACAAUAUGACAGAACUUGAAUCUGAGGAGCAAGACAGUGCACAAUCUGACUAGAGUAAUAUUUGAACCAUAUCUAUUGUUAAACAUGACCUGCAUAUACUUUCUCUUAUUAAAUGGAUAAGUUCCUUUGACAACUUCAGAUUCUCUUUAAAUAGAUCUUUCUGCCUCUAGGGCUGGCUGGCUAGCGGCUACAUUCUAGUAAGGUCUGCGGAAGUUAUUUUAUAAUGCUUUCCAGGCAAGCUUAUGAUUCACCUAUGAACCUUUUUCUUAAUAGUAAACUUUAUAGAGCAGUUAUUGUAUGUUCUUGUAAGCAUUCUAAUAGUAGAUGUGCUUCCAUUACUCAAUGCAUUUUUUGUGCAAGAUCUUGGUGCCACCCUAAUGUUGCAGAUUGUUUUUGUUCUUGAGGUUCGGGCAUCAAUAACAUUUAAAAAAUAUAAAGCUUAAGAAGACUUCCCCUUGGUCCCCCUAUCAAAUGCUCCAGAAAAGUACAUGUCCAAGCAUUAUGUUUUUACAAUAGCUUCAAUGGUUCGGAUAAGGCUGUGUUGAGUUUUAAGCUGAAAAGAGAUCCCGUAUUUAUCUGAAUUCUGAGAUUAAAAUUAUCAGAUUGAGUAAUUUUUUGAGAUUUGUAUUGUCCCAUUUUUCUUUUAAUAAUUUGUGUAGAGUGAUGGACACACAUCUUAUUAAGUUUCAGACUUCUAGACAUUGAAUUUCUGGAAUGACCAGUAGCAAUCAUUUUGGCAACUGGCACCAGUUGUUUUCUUGAAGUUGCUUGUAUGAAUCACAAGGUUGCUUUUUUAUAUUCCUUCUUGCAGUCAACUGCAUGAUUCAUAUAUAUGCAAAUUUUAAUUUCAGGUAGAUUCUUGUUUCCUGUUCAGUAUGUUUUCAUUUGGGUAUUGGAUAAUUUUUACACCAGAUAUAUUUCAGGCAAGUACUUAUCUGUGCAGACUGCUGAAUUGCUGAUGCAUACUAUGGCGAGCAUGAUUAGAUCUUCGUACUAAUGGGAUCCCAGUUCUAAGAAUAUAUGUUAAAUGCAUAUUGAUGCACUCCUUCACAUCCUUUCUAGCUUCCACAGGUAGUAGCUUCUCAGCUAUGGAUGCAUUGUCAUUGCGGUACCAGCUGAUGGCUCUAAUCCAAGACUCUUGAGAUGACUUAGGUGUGAUGUGCCAGAAUAGAACAAUGGAAGGCAUUUUGUACAUUUUCAUCCAUGCGGGUGCAUGACUUCCGCUUUCUCUUUUCUUAUUCAUUUUCUUUUUCCAUUGUUUGCUUUCUCCACACCUGCAAUAGAAGAACAUAAACUCGAUGAACAGCAGAGUCUGCUGGUUGUGGAUCCCCUGAGCAUUUGCGUCGAGAAACUUGUGUUUCUGUAAUUCUUGAGUUGUAUACUUCAUUUUACCUCA